ACAUUGCUAUAGAUUCAGCAAGUGAAAUGGAGAGUAACGACAGAAUCAAUAUUAUGAAUGAAAGAUCUGAGAAACAUAGUGCAGUAUGGACAAGUAAUGCAACUUCAAUACUCUUGAAACUGUAUGAAUCAAAUUUGCAGAUGUUAGAAACACCCAAAAAGAAGACUAGAAUAUGGAUGGCUAUUUCACAAAAUUUAAAACAUUUUGACAUAGAUAUGACUGCUGAUCAAGUGAGAUGGAAAAUAAAUGCCUUAACAAAGAAAUACAAACAAUGCAUAGAUUCGGAAUGUAGGCAAAAUGAAAAAUUUAAGUAUUUCAAAGAAAUGGAUAGUAUUUACUCACAAUAUAAUGUAGACUGUGAUUCCUAUUUAAUAACAGAACUAUUGCACAAAAAUAAUGAACGAAAUAACCAAAAUGUGAAUAGUUCUCUAUCCAACAAACCUAUAGAAAGUAAGGCAGUUAUAGAAAUGAGGAAAAUCAGAUUAGCAAACCGGAUUGAUUCAGAACGAAAUCAAAGUAAGAUACAAUUAGAGAAACAGUGGCUGGUAUAUUUAAAAACACAAGAAGACCAAAGGCAGUUAAGAGAUAGAAUGUUUGAGAGAAGUCUAAAGUUAAAAGAGGAAGAGUUGGAAUUGCGGAAAAGAGAACUAGAGUUAAUAGAAUCUCUAGAAGGCAAAAUAAUUGACUUAAUAGAAAAAGAACAUGAUCAAGUUUUACAGCUUGAAAGAGAAAAAUGUGAUCUAAUGAAAGAAAACCUCACAAUUUCAUAAGUUGAUUGAUGCUAAACUUUUAAGUUGUAUUUCAGGAUAAAAGUAGUGGAGAAAAUGUGUAAAAAGUACUGUUUAAACCGGUAGAUAGAAUAUAAUAAUGUUACGCCGGUAAGAGUAACGCCAUCUAUCGCCGAAUAGUCGAAUGAAUAUCGAAGGACCUAGUAGCACCUAGAACGAACGCUCAAGUAGAACAACACCACCUACUGUCAGAUAGCGGAAACUACUACUAGAGAUGUGUGGAAUAUUCUCGAUAAUUCUAAGGAUGAUGUAUCGGCUAUAAAAGCGUUGUAGAGGACACG